AUGCGAGCGCUGCGGCUGAGGAACCGCUCCAUGGUGGCGCUGCUUUUCCUCUUCUCGCUGUCGUCUUCCUUCCUCUACUUCAUCUACGUGUCGCCAGGCCUCGCCAACCAGUACCUGUUCAUGGUGCAAGCCAGCAGCAUUAUGAUCCGGAACAACAUGCGGACUAUCGGGGCCCAGGUGUACGAGCAGAUCCGGCACGGCAUGCGAAAGAACGGCACGGGCAACGGCACCGAUUACUUGGACGGCUACAACGCGAGUGACUACAUGAUGCCGACCGGCACCUACCUCCCCGAGAACUUCACCUACCUGCCGCACAUGACCUGCCCCUCGCGCCUGCCCUCCAUGAAGGGCCGCAUGGACGUGAACAUGAGCGAGACGACAAUAGACGAUGUGCUGCGCUCGAUCGACUCGCCCUGGGAGGUCAAACCGGGUGGACACUGGAGGCCGAGCGACUGCCAGCCCCUCUGGAGGGUCGCCAUCCUCAUCCCGUUCCGCAAUCGGCACGAGCACCUGCCCAUCCUGCUGCGCCACCUCGUUCCCAUGCUGCAGCGCCAGCGCCUCGAGUUCGCCUUCUACCUCAUCGAGCAGGCGGGCGACAUGCCGUUCAACCGCGCGAUGCUCUUCAACGUGGGCUUCGUGGAGGCGCUGCGCGACGCGCCCUGGGACUGCUUCGUCUUCCACGACGUCGACCACAUCCCCGAGAGCGACCGCAACUACUACGGCUGCAGCGACAUGCCGCGCCACUUUUCCCACCUGCUCGACAAGUACAUGUACAUCCUGCCCUACGAAGAGUUCUUUGGCGGUGUGAGCGGGCUCACCACGGAGCAGUUCAAGAAAAUCAACGGCUUCCCCAAUGCAUUCUGGGGGUGGGGAGGGGAGGACGACGACCUGUGGAACCGGGUAAUGUUUGCAGGGUACAAUGUAACGCGGCCGCCCGGGGCAAUGGGGCGGUACAAGUCGAUCCCCCACCACCACCGCGGGGAGGUGCAGUUCCUGGGCAGGUACUUGCUGCUGCACCGCUCGCGGGAGCGGAACGCGGUGGACGGCAUCAGCAACCUGCGCUACCGGGCCCAGCGCGCCCGCACGCCGCUCUACACCAACAUCACCGUCAACCUCUCCCCCGAGCUCGCACCGCUGCCCGCCAACUACUGACACAUGGCCCUGGGGGGCAGCAGUGGCAGGGGAGGAGGGAGGGCAGCAGGAGGUGGGUGGGGGGGGG